UUGAGAUCUCCACAUUUCAAAAUUCAAAUUCAGCUCUAUACCCCGCUCUUCCUCUCUCUCAAACACUUAAAAGCUCUGGUUAGGGUUUUCUCUUGCGCCGAUUUUGAAGUCAUCCGGUUCCGGAGUGAAUAUCUCUUUCGCUCCUCACAUACUUCAUCCUCAGGGAGAAUAUGGCUAUGGAAAUCACUCAGGUUCUAUUGAGUGCCCAAGCUGUUGAUUCAACUGUAAGGAAGCAUGCUGAAGAAACUCUGAAACAGUUUCAGGAACAAAACCCUCCUGCCUUCUUGCUGUCCCUUUCCGGGGAGCUUGCUAAUGAGGAGAAGCCUGUGGAAAGCCGUAAAUUAGCAGGUUUGAUUCUUAAAAAUGCUUUGGAUGCCAAGGAGAAGCACAUGAAGCACGAGCAUUUCCAAAGAUGGCUAUCGUUGGAUGUUGCAGUGAAGGGACAGAUCAAAGCAGGCUUGUUACUGACCCUCUCUUCUGCUGCACCGGAUGCUCGUUCGACAGCAUCACAAGUCAUUGCCAAGGUUGCGGGCAUUGAAAUGCCACAUAAGCAGUGGCCUGAGCUAGUAGCUACCCUCUUAUCCAAUGUUCAUCAAGUCUCGCCCCAUCUCAAGCAAGCCACCCUUGAGACACUGGGGUAUAUGUGUGAAGAAGUCGAACCUGAUAUUGUCGAUCAAGAUGAAGUAAAUAAGAUACUCACAGCUGUGGUUCAAGGCAUGAAUGCUAACGGUGGUAAUACUGAAGUCCAGCAUGCUGCCACCCGGGCUUUGUACAACGCGCUUGGGUUUGCCCGGGCAAACUUUUCCAAUGAUAUGGAGCGUGAUUACAUAAUGAAGGUUGUGUGUGAGGCCACUCUAUCGCCUGAAAUCAAAAUCCGGCGGGCUGCAUUCGAGUGUCUGGUCUCAAUCGGCUCGACUUAUUAUGAGCAGUUGUCUACGUACAUACAGGACAUCUUCAACAUCACGACCAAGGCUUUCCUGGAUGAUGAGGAGCCCGUCGCUCUUCAGGCAAUCGAGUUUUGGAGUUCGGUCUGUGACGAGGAGAUUGAUAUUCUGGAGGAGUAUGGAGACGAUUUCACCGGCGAUUCUGAUGUCCCGUUCUUCAAUUUCAUCAAACAGGCACUGCCUGCACUCGUCCCUUUGCUACUUCAAACGCUUCUCAAGCAAGAAGAAGACCAAGACCAGGAUGAAGGCUCGUGGAACCGUGCAAUGGCCGGCGGAACUUGUCUUGGCUUGGUGGCCCGUACAGUCGGGGAUGAUAUUGUGCCGCUUGUGGUGCCAUUUAUAGAAGAAAACAUAACGAAACCUGACUGGAGGCAGAGAGAGGCCGCCACUUACGCAUUCGGCUCCAUAUUGGAAGGCCCUUCCUCCGAAAAAUUAAUCCCUCUCGUCAACGUUGCUCUCAACUUCAUGCUGACCGCUUUGACCAAUGACCCGAGCAGCCACGUGAAGGACACAACCGCAUGGACUCUCGGGAGAAUCUUCGAAUUCCUUCACGUGUCGACCUCCGAGAACCCAGUCAUCACCUCUGCCAACCUCCAGCAUAUCAUCACUGUUCUCCUCCAGAGCAUGAAUAAUGCUGCCCCAAACGUGGCCGAAAAGGCUUGUGGGGCCCUCUAUUUCCUGGCCCAUGGCUAUGAGGAUGUAAUCCCGCCUUCUCCACUGACCCCUUACUUCCAAGAGAUUAUUCGGUCACUUCUCGACGCCACUCGCAGGGAAGAUGCUGGCGAGUCUCGGCUCCGAACUGCCGCUUACGAAACGCUGAACGAGGUCGUGAGGUCCUCGUCUGGGGACGAGACUGCCCGCUUAGUUCUGGAGCUCGUCCAAGUCAUCAUGGCCGAGCUUCACAAUACUUUUCAGUCGCAAACACUCUCUUCUGACGAGAGGGAGAAGCAAAACGAGCUGCAGGGCCAGCUGUGCGGGUGCCUCCAGGUCAUCAUCCAGAAACUUGGGGCUUCCGAAUCAACCAAACACGCCCUUGUGCAGUAUGCGGACCAGAUUAUGAGCCUUUUCCUGCAGGUCUUUGCGUGCAGGAGUGCAACUGUUCACGAGGAGGCCAUGCUCGCCAUUGGCGCUUUUGCCUACUUGAUGGGCCCUGCCUUUGAGAAGUAUGUGCCGGAUCUGUACAAGUAUCUGGAGAUGGGCCUGCAGAAUUUUGAGGAGUACGAGGUUUGUGCGGUCACUGUUGGAAUUGUGGGGGAUGUUUGCAGGGCAUUGGAGGAUAAGGUACUUCCUUACUGUGAUGGGAUAAUGACCCUGCUUUUGAAGGAUUUGUCGAGCAAUGAGCUGCAUAGGUCUGUGAAGCCUCCCAUUUUCUCGUGCUUUGGGGAUAUUGCGCUUGCGAUAGGGGAGAAUUUCGAGAAGUAUUUGAUGUAUGCAAUGCCCAUGCUUCAGAGUGCGGCAGAAUUGUCUGCUCAGACGUCGGGCUGCGAUGAUGAGAUGAUCGAAUAUACGAAUCUCCUCAGGAAUGGGAUUCUUGAGGCGUAUUCGGGUAUAUUUCAGGGUUUCAAGAACUCGGCGAAAACCCAGCUCCUGAUGACGUAUGCGCCUCACAUUCUGCAGUUCUUGGACAGCAUGUACAUUGCGAAAGAUAUGGAUGAUGUAGUGAUGAAAACUGCAAUCGGUGUGCUUGGAGAUUUAGCAGAUACUCUGGGAAGCAAUGCUACUUCUCUUAUGCAGCAAUCUCAGUCGAGCAAAGACUUUUUGAACGAGUGCCUGACUUCUGAGGACCAUUUAAUUAAAGAAUCUGCCGAGUGGGCAAGGGUGGCUAUUGCUCGUGCCAUAUCUGUCUAAGGUUGUUGUCAUGCUUGCAUAUGCAUAUGGUUGAGUCCAGUCCAGUUGGGGUCUGAGUCGUGUCAUCAAUCACCAUACAUGGCUGCAUUUUCCGUAAAAAUGAAGUUACAAUCUUUUAAAUUAUUGUCAAACUCAUGCAUUUUAUGUUCCUUAAGGGCUUAUUCUGAUACAUUCCAAAGUUGAGGUGAAGAUAGUUGUCAGUUUUCUUCUGAUUUUAGGGAAACGUACAAAAAUUACUAGAGGUUUGGGUUUUUACAAUUACACCCAGUUAUGUUUUGUAAUUGACAAACAUCAUUUUUAAGUUUUGUGUCAUCCAAGUUUCUCUCCUUUUGUAGCACUUGGAAAAAAACUUCGUAUCACCAUAUCAUCGUCUUAUGUUUUGGACGAGUGUUUUUGCAACUUCCGACGGUUUUGGGGUUUUUUGUUUUUUCUUAGUUGUGUUGUUUUAUUGCAUUUAUUCGGAGUUCAGGAUGGUGUAAUUAUUUCUUGAUUUUAUUAAGAGCAUCUCCGAUGCGACUUUUGACAUUAUAAAAAUGUCAUUCAUAUCAUCAACUUUUGAAAGUGUGUCUCUAUUUUUUUCUCCAAUGCAUCUUGUCAUGAACUCUU